AAUUACUAAACCUGACCGCCCCUCCCCUCGUGCUGCUGUGCAAGUUAGUUCCUGUUGUGGCGGUUCAAAACACGACCACACUGCCGUUGGUUCAAACCAUGGCCACUCCGUCUUAUCGAUACUGCAGUUAGUGAAAACAUGACGUUUAAAUCAAGUGAUUGACGAUGACCACAGUUGGUGGCGAUAGCUGGCGGGGACGCACGAGGCGCGGGCGAGCCCGCUUCAAGCUAGCAGCAGGGCUAACAGCUGGUUUAGCUGACGACAGCACCGUGUUACGAUGCUUGAGUGUGGACAACGCAGGAGAUGAUCAUGACAUGGGGGAAGACGUUGGCUUUUUCAAGCAGGGCGACUUGGAGCGGAAGAUCAUGGCCCCACGCUACAACCUGAUCCGCGAGGUGGGAAGGGGCACGUACGGUGUGGUUUACGAAGCGGUAGCUCGCAAGUCUGGUGCCAGGGUGGCUGUGAAGAAACUCAGGUGCGACGCGCCUGAGAACGUCGAGCUAGCCCUCCAGGAGUUUUGGGCUUUGACAAGUUUAGAGAAACGUCACCAAAAUGUCGUCCAGUUGGAAGAAUGUGUCCUUCAAAGGAACGGAAUGGCCCAGAAAAUGAGUCAUGGGAACAAACGCUCAAAGCAGUAUCUUCGCCUGGUGGAAACCUCUCUCAAAGGGGAGCGGGUGCUCACGCCUUCAGAGGAGCCGUGUUACCUGUGGUUUGUCAUGGAGUUCUGCGAAGGAGGUGACCUCAACCAGUUCAUCCUGUCUCGGAGGCCCGACUCGCAAACCAACAACAGCUUUAUGCUCCAGCUGACCAGUGCCGUGGCUUUCUUGCACCAAAACAAGAUUGUACAUAGAGACCUCAAACCAGACAACAUCCUUAUCUCCGAGAGAUCAGGUACCCCUGUUCUCAAGGUGGCAGACUUCGGCCUGAGCAAAGUUUGUGCAGGUUUAGGAAAUGCCAUUGAGGGCAAAAUAGGCGAGGACAAGAAUAAAAAUGUCAACGUGAACAAGUUUUGGUUGUCAUCAGCAUGUGGCUCAGACUUUUACAUGGCUCCUGAAGUCUGGGAAGGUCACUAUACAGCCAAAGCGGACAUAUUUGCCCUCGGCAUAAUCAUUUGGGCCAUGUUGGAGAGAAUUACUUUCAUCGAUGCAGAGUCCAAGCGAGAGCUCCUCGGAACGUAUGUGAGACAAGGAGCGGAUAUUGUGCCAGUCGGUGAGGCGCUGCUAGAGAAUCCAAAGAUGGUCCUGAACAUCCCGCUGAAGCGCAGAUCGUGCAUGUCGGAUGGAGUGAGGAAGCUGCUGCUGGACAUGCUUGCCGUCAACCCUCAGGAACGACCAGAUGCCCUGGAGCUCCAGGCCAGAAUGGACCAGGUUACUUGCAUUGCGUGACACCAUGCUGUUUGUUUCUCAGACAUGCAUCUUUACCUUGAGCUGCUACUACAAUUCCCUGCUGUGAUACAAUGAAGAUACAGGAGACACACACACCCACCCACACCACUCACUCUGUCAUGCUACUCUGUCCCCCACCUUCACUUAAGUGCUCUUUUGUUUACAACCAUUAUUUAGGAUUGUAUUUUGUGUGUGUUGUUUGUAAUGUGUAACGUCUUUACGUGUUACCCCAGAGAAUUGACACCUUUUAUCUAUGAGAAGCCACCCUUUCUGUGUUCUCCAACAAAAGCCCCGCUCAAUCUUCAGCAUGCUGUGUCUUCCAGUGAAAGUAUUCUAUUGGUCAAUCCUGUCAAUCAAAGAAAUGGUGUUGAAGCCAUCAUUAUUCUCUCUCUCUCUCUCUCCUGACCUUAAGUAGCGUAUAUAAAUAUCUAUCACCUCAAAACACACCACUCUAAUUAGUGCUGACAAUGGCAUAAGAAUGAGUUUUAUUGACACGUUAAAGCACAGUGUUUAGAUCUAUCUUCCACCCACAUCCUUUACCUAUGGUGCCUUUAGGAAUUGGCUACUCUUGGCUAACUGCUUGCUUUUUCUACAAUCAUUUAUGGUAAAUGCUAAUGUCUUUAGCAUCGACACAUGAGUGCUGGUAUUUACUUUCGCAUUGACACAAGUACUCCGUAGUAUUUCAAUGGUGUCGAUGGGGCAGGUCUGUUCGGAUGACAAAAGUCGAAUGUGUCCAUCGAGUGUGAAUGCACUACCUCGUCUGCACACCUCCUUUUGCUGAGCCUUGUCUGAACACAUUCCUCCUCCUCACAACACCUUCCAACACUUGAUUUGAUGAGCGUGUUGGCAGUCAACACUGCAAAUGAUUUCUUCCUCCCAAGUUUACGCCAUGUACUGUGAUUAUUUUAAUUUUUUAUUACUGUUAUACCUCAUUUCUGGACCUUUUCCCAUGUUUGAAGCGUGCAGGGUAGAUGUGAUGGUUUUUCUAUUGGAGAUGCCUGUAUUUGCGUUGAGUUUUUUUUUUUUUUUCUUGAGUUCAUUGUGUGCUGUUGGUGAUAAGCACGCACACAUACUAAGAAUAUUCGGUGUCUAUGCAAUGACUCUCAACCUUAAACUGUACCAAUCUAACCAGCGAAGGUGGCGCUGAUGGAUGUUUCUGGUCUUUAUUUCAAACGGUAUCUUCAUUUGUGCAACUCAUUGCUUACAUUUUUAUUGCUUCCUUGGUUCAUCAAUAAAGUUUGGGAAUACAAUGUG